AUGCCGCUGACUGCUGAUGUAGCAGCACAGCAAGUGCAGGAGAGAUUAAGAUCAUUGCAUAGGCUAAUAUAUGACAUAGAAGCAGAGAGAGGUCGCAAUGAGCAAUGUAUUGAGUCAAUAUUGAGAGCAGAGAAAGCAACUGAAAGCAAGCUUAAGAAUUUAUACAAGACGGGACUCACAGCUGCUGAACAAGAAGAGAGAGUUCUCCGUGCUGCUUUGUCACGUAUUUAUGAAAUACGUGCCAUCAAAAAUGAAAGACGAAUUCAGGCUCGUCAUGCAGGUAAUAAAGAAACAAUUGGUUGUGGAGCUCUCAUGAAAAUGUUACUGAGUGCUGCUCAGACUCUGCCCCUACACGUCGGUAGAGUAGGAGAACGCGCGCCCCCGUUGUGUGGAGCCAUCCCUGCUGACCCAGGACACAUUGCCAGGCCUGGGGAUGCUGUUGCUGCUUUAGUUAGAGUGUCUGAGAAAGAGGAGAAUUGGAUUCUGGCAGAGGUGGUGAGCUGGCUGCCCGCGCAGGGCAAGUACGAGGUGGACGACAUCGACGAGGAGCAGAAGAACCGGCACGUGCUGAGCAAGCGGCGCGUGGUGCCGCUGCCGCUCAUGCGCGCCGAGCCGCGCUCGGGCGAGGCGGCGCUGUUCCCCAAGGGCGCCGUGGUCAUGGCGCUGUACCCGCAGACCACGUGCUUCUACCGCGCCGUCGUCAACCGCCUGCCCGCCACCGCCGCCGACCCCUACGAGGUGCUCUUCGAGGAUUCAUCAUACGCGGAUGGGUAUUCACCGGCAGAACGCGUCGCACAACGUUACGUUAUUGCCAUUAAGGAGGGAAAGGGUCGAGGCACCUGACACUCGCGCUCGGCCCCGCCGUCCGCGCGCUCGUCGCCGCUGUCCACCGACUCGCUGCACUGAGCACUGCAGCUUCGGGGACACCCCGCACUAGUGGCGCCAGCAUCACGAGGCAAUAUUGCGAGCUUCGAUAUUUAUCUUAAAAUAACUAAAUAAAAACAAAAUGAAAAAGAACAUUUAUAUAACAACCUUUUUUUUUAAGUAAUAAUUGCGAAUUUCGCUAUUAUUUAUAAUUCGAUGAGCCUACGAUGUUGCAUUUUUGUAAUAUAUAUACGACUGUAUACUUUUGUUAAUUCUAA